GCUUUGUGCGUGCGAGCUUUGGGGGGCUCAAUAAAAACGCAACUGAUUCCCCAGGUUUCAGUCACUCUUGUCUUGGUCCUCAGUGAAUGCUGCCUCCAAUCUCCCCGGACAGAUCCAACCAAUCCAAUCAAUAAUCUUGUGUGUUUUUCAUCCCUCCUUGUCUCGCGCGCUAGCCGAGACUCAUCAUCCCUUGCGACACUACUACACUGGCACACUACCAUCAUCACUACACCAUCUUGCCCCCCAUCCGUCUAUUCCCUUCAAAACUUCCGUCUCAAAAAUGCCCCGCGUAACCAGAAGCUCCGCCAAAAACGGCCCCGGCGGGCUAUUUGACUUUAUCGGCGUCGCCAUAGCCAAUGGAAACGUCAAGUACGAUAUCCCCGAACAGUACCAACAUCUCUUGCCGUCGAACCUCCACCAACAAGAAGCCAACAACGCUGAACCCCUUUUCAUUCACUCAAGUGCAAAGGGAACAUAUGUAGAAAAGGGCAAGAACAGGAAAACCGCUGCCAUUGCUGAAAGAGCUGAAAAGGUCACUGCUGUCGCCUCUGCCCAUGCUACCAAGGUCAUCGCAGCCAAGCAGGGCAAGGGCGGCUUGGAUAUCAAUAUUGUUUUGCCUGUUGGGGGUGGGGGUGUAGGUGUGGGUGUUAGUGUUGGUAAGGGAGGGAAGGGGAAGAGGAAGGUGCUUGAGGCUGGCAAGAAGGACGGUAAUAAGAAGAGGAAGUUGGAGAGGAUCGAGGAGGUCGAUGAUGAGCUAGUAGAAGACAGUGAGAAGGAGGAGGAGGAGGGGGAGGAGGAGAAAAAGAAGACCGGGGAAGAAGAUGACGAUGAUGACAAGGAGUAUGUACCUGAUGGCAAACCUCCGGCGAAGAAGAAGCAGAAGAGGAUUGUGAAGGAUACUCGGAAGAAAAAGCAGCAAAAGGUGGUUAAGGCUGCUGCUCCGAAGAGAGGGGGUAGAAAGAAGAAGGUUGAGGCUAAGGCUGAGGCUGGGGAUGAGGUUGAGGCUGCAGUUUUUGAGAAGAAGGAAGUGGAGGAGGAAGAGAAAGAGAAGGGAGGGGAGAAGGAGGUUAAAGAAACUGUCGAGCUUGAGGUGGCUGUGGUGGCUGUUGUGGAGGGUAACCAGGGUGAGGAAGAGGAGAAGAGAGAGGAGGGGGAGAAGGGAGAGGACGGUGGAGGUGAAGAUGAGGAUUAUGAGCAACAGGAUCGCAAUCCCGAUGCUGAGCCUGAAGAGUGAGUGAUGAGGAGUGACUUGGUGUCUCUUGUUCAGAGUUAAGGGUGCUUCGUUAUAGUAUAGGGAGGCUGGUCCUCGAAUUCAAGUAUAUUGGUUUGUGGUUUCG